AAAAAAUAUAGAGAAAUAUCAUUUGGGAUUUGCCAGGCAACAGUUCCUCUGGUCUGUUUUUGAAAAACAACGUCAAGAUGAAGCUCUUGGUGUGUUUUGUGUUUUUUGUUGCAAGGGCAGGAGCCAUACAAGAUUUGUCUGGUAAAAUGUUCACAUUUCCUCUACAAACCAAGACUGACCAUGUGAAGCUGAUCACAUCAAAAAGGAACUUGAGCGCUGCCACAGUCUGUCACAGGUCAUUCACAGACCUCAAACGGGACCAUAACCUCUUCUCAAAGUCAACACAGGCUUCUCCCAAUGAGUUCCUGGUGUUUUAUGACUACACCAAUAAGGAAAUAGAAAUCCAUCUGAAGAAUCAGAAGGCUGAAUAUAGAAGCCUGGACUACAAACCCAACACGUGGCACUCCGUCUGCACCACUUGGGAUGCGGGCUCUGGACUGGUGCAGCUCUGGUUCAAUGGACAACCCCUCACCAGAAGAUUCGUCAACCAAUCCAACAUGACUGGAGAGCCCAUCAUCAUUUUAGGACAGGAGCAGGAUUCCCAUGGAGGAGGCUUUGACAUCAACCAGAGUUUCAUAGGGAUGAUGACUGACGUGCACAUGUGGGACUAUGUGCUCUCGACCUGUGAGAUCCAGCAUUAUGUGUCCGAGCUCAGCUUCACUCCAGGGAACGUUCUCAACUGGGCAGCUCUAGACUUCCAGAUCAACGGCCGAGUGCUGAUCGAGAACAAACAAAUGUACUGUCAGUAAACUGUGCGUGGUUUUCAGGGUAAUUCAAAUCUUGCCAUAGAAAUUAACAAUUCAAAACUAAAUGUUAUAUGCAGAAAGAAUAAAAUGAGAUGCGCUGCAUGGGUACAUAUAGAGUUCAAAAUUGUAGACAGGUGCUUCUUUUUUAACGUGAACAUAUUUAAAUAGUUGUCUGUAGGGUGAAAUCUCCAAAAUGCAUAAAGAAAAUCAGACAACAAAAAAACGAAGGCAGGAUGGGGUCACCAUUUGCAAUAUUAUAAAACAAAUAUAUACACAACAAUACUAAGGUUAGGCAGUACAGUAAAUGGAGAAAAGUUGCUGAGUUUGCUAAAUGAUGAAAUACAUUUUGUCAUUUAUCUGUCUAACUUGGCUACUUAUCCACAUUUACUGUCUAAAGUUUGUGUAUAUAUUUGUUUUUAUAAUAUUGAAAAUACUGUAAAUAUAAGGGUGGUGCACGUCUAAAGUUUUGCUCUUCCAUGUCCAUGUUGCUUUAAACGGUGGUCGUACCAUGGUGACCCCACCCAAUAUAACUGAGAUUUGAACUUCUCUGAACGGACGAGGUGCCUUGUUUUGUUUUUUAGGUCUUUUGGUCUGAUUUUCUAUGUGCAUUUUUGAGAUUUUACCCAAAAGACAUUUGCUUGAAUAUUUUUAAAUUAAAUGCUUUAUGUUUUGUAUGCGAGAAAAAGUUCUCAAAAACUCACCUAAAAACAGGAAGUUGAAAGUUACAGAGUUGGGACGUGUCUAUGUUGCCAUGGUGAAAUAAGUGAUUUAAUCUGUGUAUUUAUGUCUCAGU